AUGGAUCCAAUCAACAUUGAAUCAUUAGAUGCUGGAGAAUGGGUAGAUGACAAGGUCAUCAAUGCCUACCUUGGCCUUAUAAAGGCAGAAGUGAAUCUCACCAGUAACCAUUUGUUUGUCCUGCCCUCGUAUACAGCAGUAUUGUGGGAAAAUGGGACCCUGAACCACUGGAUGUUUGAAAAGGAACACUUCUCCAACUACAAGCUUCUGCUGAUGCCUAUCAACAGCCAUGGCAAUCACUGGAUCCUUCUUGUGGCAAAACCCAAGGAAAAGACAGUGUCAAUCUUAGAUUCAUUACACCACCAAAACUUUAAGUGGCUGAAUCUCUGGGGCCAAUUCUUUGAUCUAAGAAACAAAGCUGCCAAUGUUAAGGAGCAACUUGGUCCUUGGACAUACAGUCCCAUGCAGAGUAACAAGCAAAAGGACAGCAACUCUUGCGGAGUAUUCACAUUAAUGGUAUGUUCAUGCAUAUCAAAAUAUAAUGCUGAAGCCAUUGCUCUUGGGGUUCCCCGUGAAAUAAUGCGGCAGGUUCACUGUCAAGAAUACAGGAAUUAUCUCAGGGAACGGAUUCUGCAACACAGCAAAGAAGCAGACGACACUAUGUGUGAUAUGCCCAAUUGCAGCGUUUCAUCAGGAACACAGCGAUGGGUACAAUGUUCUGUGUGUGGCAGGUGGUACCACCUGAAGUGCUGUGGUCUGCCAGUAAGGGCAGCCCUUGAAGAGCAAUAUGAACAUGUAUGUAUGGGUUGCACAGCAAAGUUCUCAUAG